CUGGCCUCGGCGUCGUGCAGCUCGCGAAGAAGACAUGGGAGGCAGCUAGAAGUUUCAAUAAUCAUCAUCAUCAUCAUUUAUUAUCCUUGAAGGCCCUUAUGAGCAUUACAAUAGAGGGGAGGAUUCUUAACGCCAACUGGAGCGUGAGGGGUCACAACUCUGAGAAGCCAUGGAGAGUGUGCUGGACCCCCUGGGUCCCUGGCACGGGCCGGUGCUGUUUCUGGGAGUUUUGAGAGGCCUAGCAGCAUCCUCCUUCAUCAUGAGCCUUACCUUCAUGGCUCCCCAAAGUCAGGAACACUGGUGCGCGCGUCCCGCUUCUUUCAGCAACUGGACGACGCAAGAGUGGCUGAAUAUCAGUGUUCCCUUGGAAGUGAGCGAACUUGGUGUGGUGUCGCGGAGCAGGUGUCAUGUGCUCCAGUGGGACGGUCAGGACGCGGAGGGGAUUCGAUCUGAUGCGCGGUUGUGGCAAGGACAGAGCAAUGGAUCUUCGGUGCCUACGUCGGUUCCAUGUACAGAAUGGGAAUUCGACUCAUCUUUUCAUACGAGGACUGUCCUAAGUGAGUGGAACACGGUGUGUGGGAACCAGUGGAUGCUGGGGAUAUCGCAGUCAAUCCUCAUGUUCGGCUUCAUGCUCGGCAACUUCGUUUUCUCUCAUCUUUCAGACUGGUGUGGGCGACGUCCUGCCAUCUUCGCGGGAACCUUGCUGUCCCUGAUGUCGGGAGUGGCAGUUGCGUUUGCCAGUUCCUUCUCCAUGUUCAAUGCGUUCCGCUUUCUGGCAUCUACGGGUCACGGGGGCAUCACCAAUGUCGCCUACACUAUUGCCAUCGAGUGCGUGGCCCCUCGCAAGCGAGCUCUGAUUUCCAUGCUCCAGGAAGUCGGCUGGGUUCUGGGCCUCAUUGUACUUCCCGGUCUGGCCUACCUCCUCACCAACUGGGUACAUCUGCAGCUCGCCAUCUCCGCGCCUUUGAUUAUCAUGCUGCUUGUCGCCUACAUCAUGGAAGAAUCUCCCAGGUGGCUUCUGGUUGUUGGCCGGUUUGAAGCGGCAGAGGCAGUCCUUCAUAGGAUUGUCAAGAGAAAUGGUCUCCACGUAAGGGAGAUUGAGAAGCUGGUUCUGGAAUCUAAAGAGAAGGUUGAGCUGGAAGAUAAGAGGAACAAGUCAACCAUCUUGGACUUGUUCCGCUCAUGGAAGAUAGCAAUCAUCAGUAUUUCUACUCAUGUCCAGUUAGCAGUCGUGGUGUUGCUAUAUUACGACCUCAUCUACAAGAUAACGGACUUCGGAGGAAGCCCAUUUAUCAACUUCUUACUGGUGGCCUUGCUGGAAAUUCCUGUGAUACUGGGGGCCAUGGUGGUUAUCAACUACCUUCGACGGCGGGUCAUUUAUUUCAUCCUCUACGUUCCCUCAACUGUGGCUUGCCUAACAUUAGCAUUUGUGCCAGCCGACAUGGUGUGGUUUCAACUCGCCCUGGUGAUGGUAGGGAAGUUUUGCGUGCAAUGUGCCUACAGCGUGAUCUGCGUUCAAGUCACAGAGUGCUUCCCCACUGUGGUGCGAGCUGUCGCUCUGGGAAGUGCACUAACUGCCAGCCGGGUUGGUGCGAUCGUUGCACCUUUCUUCAAAGAUCUCGGAAGAGUAACGCAUCCCUGGGUUCCGUCUGUACUGGACGCGUUGCUUGCCGUCGGUUCUCUUUUGUUGGCCCUGCUUCUUCCAGAGACGUUCCGAAAACCGCUUCCGGACUCCUUCAGCGACGUUUUGAGGCUUCAUGAAAAGAAGGAGGCUGACUGUGCUGCAGAGCUGGAGUCAAUGGGAGGCGGUGAAGAGAAUGACAACGUGCUUUGAAAAGUCACGUCACAACUUUGUCCAGUGUCACCUGUUGAUCACAUUUUUCAGGCCGGCUAUCAUGUUGUGCUUACUGCAAAGCGACUGUUGACAUUUUGACCAGCGUUGUCGUUACCAUACAUCAACUGUCACGUGGGAAUUACAAUGUACAUCACCAUCAAUAUUGUGUUAAAACCAGGAUGCGGCCGCCUGCUUUUACAUCAUAUUUGUUCCUAAAAGUGAUUUCCCAAAGUCUAGAUUUUCUUUCCAAGCGGUUGUACAGUCACCACUAAAAAGAUUGAGAGAAAGGAUUAACAGCUGGCAAGGUAAAAUCACUACACGCGGCUCUUCAUUGUUACAAAUACACGAAGAACGGGUGUGACCGAGUCGUUUCCACCUUUCAAUCUCCGGGGUGUUUGGCAUGCAGCUUUCUUUUGCAAUUUAUUUUUUUACAAAAUAAAUGCUCUAAUUUGUAAAGGUUAUUAGUUCUGCUUCUCAUACCGCCAAUGAUGGUUAAGCAGUGAAUAUAAAAAAAGGAAUCACCGCCAUAAACGACGGGGAAAUAAUACCCCUUGUUCAAUCAUGCAUGGUCAACGAUUCCACGAAGCUAAGGAAUAAACAUUCCAAAGCGUGUUCUGGAACCGGCUGUUGUCUCCUUACCUUCCCCGUGCUGCGAAGACGGUAUCUGUGAGGCAAUAUUGUCAUCGUGUUUCCACUACUGCAGCGCCACCACAUGUCGCCCUUUCGCCAGCUCUUCAGUCGCUCCUUUGUUUUAAUAUCUUUUUUAGUGCGACCGUACAUUUGAGCACGCAAGAAUUUUGUUCUGAACAUGACCACCGCUUGAGUUUUCCUUGCCAGUCUGACGGAUUUUACAGAAUAUUUUUCGAGGACAUUUAGUAACUCACGUAAGGGUUGUUCCAUCGAUGUUAGAUAAAACUGUACUUCUGAACUAAACACAUUCCGAAAUAGGCGAAUAUUUGAUUCCCACAUGUUCUCAAGCUUCGACGUGUCAGCGAAGGCUUAUUAUAUAAACAUGUAUAGUAUACGCUGAUCAGAGCUCGUGAUAAUUUUCAAAUAUAUUUUUCAGUCAACCAACAUAUGAGCAGUCCUGCAGAGAGGCUUAAACGUGUUUCACUUUAGCUUCGUGAAAAGUGUGAGGAAAAAUUGAUUAAAACAAACAUGCAGUUUAAUAUUAAAAACAAAACAAUUCAGAAUAACAUGGCCCAAGAAUACAAUGUAAAUUGUACUCAAGAAUAUGUAUGGAAACACCCCGAAGUAUGGUAGUAGUUUUAUUUUAUUUGACCAAGGUCACCAAUAGCGUGAUGAUAAAUAUAUGCAUAGCAGAGUUUAAUUCGAUAAUUUAGCCAAUUGUUUCGGAAAUUUGUUUUCAAACGUCUCACAUUUUUUUUAAUUUUUUUUACGGUUUGAUAAAAUGCAUUGCUGAGUGUUUGCAACCAGUGCUGACAAAGAAUUUUCAAGUGUGAUGUGUAUAUAUGAUAGCGGAUUGAUUCAUCUAAAGAAAACUAAAGGAGUGAAUGUGUAAAUUUACGUUGUAUAUAAAAUGGUUGUAUUUUAUUA